AUAUUACAUGAUUCCAUCUGUUAUUUCAUAUAUUUAUUGUCUAAACUAUUAUUCUACCAUGUAUAAAAUAGUAAAAAUAAAGAAAAACCCUUGAAUGGGUAGGUGUCCAAACUUAUGAGUACGCCCCUAAUGCAAUUCUAAAGUAUAAUACAUCCACAGUGCGAUUUAAACAGAGUCACUUUUUUUUAUAUCAAAUUAACUAGCUAUUUCAUCUUAAGCAUUAUCUAGUCCAAAUAUGUCAUGUUUACAAUAUUUGUAUCCAUUUGAAUCACUUCCAAUGGCGGACAUUUAUUUUGAAGGCGAACAGCAAAUUCCACUGUUGUGGAAAAUCCUUAUUGUGUCUAGCUCCACAGAUAAAAAUAUAUUUUCGUUUGAAGCAUACCGUGUGAACUUUGAGGACGUUGAUUGAACACUGCAAUGCAAAUUACUAUAACAUAAGUGUUUAAAUUAGACAUAGUGCCAAGAACAUGGCCGAUACCGUCGUCUUUCAUGCUCAGCUAGCCUCCAUCAUUGAGGUUUUGGCGAAUGCAGCCGUUGCCGAAAUCUGCAAACUUGUAGAUGACGGACAUGCUGCCUUACGUUUGGAAAUGUCCCAUAGUCAGAAAGAAAUCGAUAACCUGCGGAGGAAGCUGGUUUUGACAAAAUACCAGAGUUCUCAACGGGGCACAGAGAAAUUCGGAGCCCUUCGACGCACAGUUCACUGUCGCGACACCAAUCGUGUUGCCCGAGCAAGAGGGAGCUUAGUAGUGGAGAAUUGUUUUGCCGACAGUGAAAGGGGCAAGUUAACGCAGGAUGUCACCAACUGGAGAGAUUCAGGACGCACAGCAACAGACCAGGAUGGGAGCAUGCAGAUGGCAGAUAUGCGAGAGGCACCUCUUAUCAAAAUGGAGAACCUUGACACCAGUAGAACGGAAGAGAUUGUCCAACUGGUCAGUGAGAGCAGUGAGAAGAUCAUUGUGGCAGAACCAGGUUCUUCAUCAUCUACUGAACCCACAGGCCUUCUGGACCAGCAGGGCAACAGACACAGAGCUCCAGACACCUCACUCAAUAUAGAACCUGAAAACCAGACGUUCCAGCAUCCAGCAUCACAAUACAACAGAACAAGACAGGACCAUCAGGUUGCUGAGGGUGUGACCUGGGAAACUGACCAUCAACCCAUAGAAUACAGCCUGUCCCAAUGGACAGAGAACCAAGAGACUGAUAACCCAACUGUGAAUGCUCCUCACAAUGCAGGGCCAGACUCCAAGAGGCUGUCUGAACAUGCAGAGAGGAGAGGGGCGCCAGGUAACUCUGGGGUCUGCAUGUCUGCUUCAGGCUCUCUGGACUGGGUGCCUGAUGUGGUGAUGGUGGACUCAGUUCCCAUUAAAGUGGAGGCAGAUAUGAGUUCAGAAUGGAGCAUAACUGGCCAAGAGUUGACAUCUGGAGAGGUUUGUUCAGACGGCAGGCAGCUUGUGGACAACAGAGGAAGAGGGGGAAUGGAGUCUGGACAGACAAAGUGUCCCCCUGACACUCAACAUGCGGAGCAAGGGACAACUGUAGGAUCAAGGUCCAAGUUGCCAGAUUUCAACGGACUGUCCACCCAAAACAGCUUUUCAUCCCCAAGGGUUACUCUCCUCCAGGUUCCCCAAAGAGGGAAGCCAGCCCCCUUCCUGAAUUUCAACAGAGGCACCACUUCUUCAUCGAAAGGCAUAGAAAAGCAGCAACAACAGCUGACGUCUCACUCACCCAAGAGUCAGCUCCGGUGCAGCCUCUGUGGAAAGCCCUUCCCUCAGCCGGCGCACCUGCGGAGGCACAUGCGGGUCCAUAUGGGUGAGAAACCGUACGGCUGCAGCCACUGCACCAAGCGCUUCUCCCACAGCCACCAGCUGAAGAUGCAUGAGAGGGUGCACACCGGAGAGAAACCGUUUCACUGUGUCUACUGUGGGAAGUGCUUCACUCAGUCCGGCCACAUGAAGAAGCACCUUCUCGUCCACACUGGCGGCAGGCCACAGGACGUUGUGCUGCCCUGAGUGUUCCAGGGUGAAGUUCCGACUAGAUACAGAUCUAGGAUCAGCUUCCUCUCUCCCAAUCCUAACCUUUACCACUUAUGGAAAAAAAAUGCUAAACUUACCCAACAUCAGCAUCUAGGGGGAACUUCACACUUCUCCACCCGGCGUAAUGAUAGGCAGUGGGGAAUGGCUCCACACUAUUGGGGUUUUCAUAUGAACACUGGGUCCAUGUGUUUGUAACAGUUUUGAUGUUUUCCACAUUGAACAUGACCCUCUGUGUGUAGUGGUAGUGUUUUCAGGUCAGCUGUCUUGAUGCUUGGUGGAUGCAGUGGAUUGAUAAUGUAUAAGUUAUUACAGGUGAAGAUUUUAAACAUCCUCAUGAAUUUGUAUUGGUGCAGUGGUAAACCAAAGAACAGCAAUUAAGAAUUCAGGAAGCUCUGGACAGGUGCCUGGGUGAGCAAAGCCUGUUGGUGGUUGAGAGCUCGUUGCUCGGCUCUUCUCUUACCUGAACGCAGGAAAGAGGAGGAAGGUUCAGGGAAGAGGAGGAAGGUUCAGGGAAGAGGAGGAAGGUUCAGGAAAGAGGAGGAAGGUUCAGGGAAGAGGAGGAAGGUUCAGGAAAGAGGAGGAAGGUUCAGGGAAGAGGAGGAAGGUUCAGGAAAGAGGAGGAAGGUUCAGGAAAGAGGAGGAAGGUUCAGGGAAGAGGAGGAAGGUUCAGGGAAGAGGAGGAAGGUUCAGGAAAGAGGAGGAAGGUUCAGGAAAGAGGAGGAAGGUUCAGGGAAGAGGAGGAAGGUUCAGGGAAGAGGAGGAAGGUUCAGGGAAGAGGAGGAAGGUUCAGGAAAGAGGAGGAAGGUUCAGGAAAGGAGGAAGGUUCAGGGAAGAGUGACCUCUUUUCUGGACAUCGACAUGGCAGAAGAGCAAAGCGACAGUUUCACGGACACCAACACAGUCCUGGCACUGUAAAUGGACAUGGUGACCUAGCUGGUGCAAGUAGAGAGAGUGCUGACUGGAAUGGUAGGUUGUAAGUGGUUGUGUUUAUAGAACUAUCUUCAUACCCCUUUACCACCUUCAUCAUAUUCAGCCUCGGAAACCAUAUGCUGGUUUUUGAGUCCCAGAAUUGGAAUGAAUUGAAUUUCAACCCAAUCAAUUCAAUCAAUCAGAGUUCUCUCUGGUUUAUUCCUUUCCAUUCUGACUGUUUUGAGCAGGUUUGGCAGGUUAGGAUGUGCAUCAUCACUGUAGACCUGGAGUCUUCAACCUUUCCUUGCCCAGGGAUCCCCGCCCAGGCAAACCGGUCAACCAGGGAUCCUCAUCAUAUGUUAGCAAAACAUUUUUUACACGUCUUAUCAUCAGGAGAAUGGCAGGGAGAAGUUAUCAACAUUUUUAAAUAAAUAUUAUUUUUUAAGAA